AGGAGAGGAGAGGAGAAGAUGGAUGUGAAGUGAAGCUGUUCCAGGACACAGUGUUCUAAAUAAUCACCACACCAUCAGACAGUUUGACUACAGCACACGUAAAUCCUGCAGCAGCACACACACACAGAAAAACGAUCACCAUGAGACUGUCCCUGCUCCUCCCCCUCCUACAGUCCACGCCCCUCAGUUGCUGCCGUCUCUCAGCCCUCUUGGCCAAUGGCGGUGCUGCGUUGUCCCGCCGACGCCUCAGCACAGACUCGGGCUCUGCCCCUCGGCCUGUGAUUGAUCAGGACUGCGUGGAGGUGUCGGGUCGCCCGUAUCCUCGCGACGACUUCACCAACGUGACGCCAAAGAUCUUAGCGAAGGUCGGCCGCGACCUUCACAACCAGCGGCACCAUCCUCUGUGGCUCAUCAAAGAGCGGAUCAAAGCCUUCUUCUACAGUUCUUACAUGGGUCGAGGAGGAAACCCGCUCUUCUCUGUCCAUGACAACCUGAACCCUGUGGUGACCACGGAGCAGAAUUUUGACAGCUUGCUGAUCCCGCCCGACCACCCCAGCAGGAAACAAGGUGACAACUACUUCCUGAACAGGACAACAAUGUUGCGCGCUCACACCUCCGCCCACCAGAGGGAGCUGGUGAAGUCUGGUCUGGAUGCUUUUUUAUUGGCUGGAGACGUUUACAGAAGAGAUGAGAUUGACUCCUGUCAUUACCCUGUGUUCCACCAGAUGGAGGGAGUGAGACUUUUUACUGAACGCCAGGUCUUCUCAAAUGUCCCAGACUCAGAGGAGUUGUCUCUGCUGGAGCACAGUGGCAGGAGGACACCACACAAACAGGAGACUCACACUCUGGAGGCCGUGAAGCUUGUGGAGUUUAACCUCAAACAAACUCUGACACGACUCAUCACACACCUGUUUGGACAAGAUGUGGAGGUCAGGUGGGUCGGCUGUUACUUCCCCUUCACUCAUCCCUCCUUUGAGAUGGAGGUGCGUUUCCAAGGCGACUGGUUGGAGGUGCUGGGCUGUGGUGUGAUGGAGCAGCAGCUGCUCAACUCUGCAGGGGCGGGGGACAAGCUGGGCUGGGCCUUUGGUCUCGGGCUGGAGCGACUCGCCAUGGUUCUGUACCAGAUCCCCGACAUCAGGCUAUUCUGGAGUCAGGACGAACGUUUCCUCACACAGUUCAUCCUGGACGACAUUCACCAGCCUGUGUGUUUCCAGCCUCUCAGUAAGUACCCGCCGCUCCACAACGACAUUUCAUUCUGGCUGCCAGAGGCGGGGCCAGAGGCGGAGCCACAGAGCUUCACGGCCAACGACUUCUACGACCUGGUUCGUUCCAUCGGAGGAGAUCUGGUGGAGAAAGUGACCCUGGUGGACGAGUUCACACACCCACAGUCCAGGAGGCGGAGUCAGUGUUACCGCAUCAUCUAUCGCCAUAUGGAGCGAACUCUGUCUCAGCAGGAGGUUCGACUUGUCCACAAGGAGAUCGAAGACGCCGCAGAGGCUGAGCUGGGCGUGCAGGGCAGAUACUGACAGACACACACACACACACACACACACACACACACACAUUUAUUCUCUGAAUAAAGUUUGUUUAGUUUUGAACAGGCGACGUCUUGGUCUGUUUUCACAUGAACGUGUGCAGGUGACGAUACGUCUCAGGUGUGAGGAGGAAGAACGACUUCAUUUAUUCAAGAAAAAUAUUCAAUCACAGCUGAUGGAGUUUUUUUAUUUGUCCAGGAGGAGAAGGAGGAGAGGCAGUCGUUUCUCACAUUUAUCCCGAUCAGGGUCCUGUAGGCUGUGUUGAUCCUCGGUUACCACAGUGAUUUACUACCUGUUGCAUUCAAACUGAAAAUGACACUGUGGUUUCAUACAUUGAGGUUAUACACACACACACACACACACACAACAGCAGCAUGUUCUUGUUUGAUUAUAACUGCAGAAAGUACAAAUGUGUGUCAUUUGUUUGUCAGUUUAAGUCUAUGACAUCUUAAGAACAUGUUCACAUGUUAUCUCACUGUUAGACAUCAGUGAUCAGCGAUUUAAGCUUGUGGGACACAUGUGCUGCUGGUCCUCUGCUGCCUCGUGUGGUCACUUUGUGUCACUGUAGUCAACGUGAACAAAGGAUUAUAAAUGACGAAUGAACAAAAUAAGACAUUUGAACUUAGUGAUGGGGGCAGCAGUGGAUCA